UCUCCUGCUCAGUGUGUUAAUGUUAAUGAAGCGUCCUUCUCCUCUCAGGAGUUUCUUCUGUCUCACAACUGAGUCUCUUUCCAAACUUUAGAGAACAAGAACAAGAAACGAAGCUAAAAAGCAGGAAACCUUCUCAACCGCAUUUUUACUGCACUCAGGGAAAAAGUCUUUAAAAGGAUGUUCUUACUGAAACUCUUCUGCUCUAACGUCAUUGUCUUGAUUCAGCACUGCAUUGGAAAAGCUCUUGCCAUUAAUGUGGAAAUCAAAAGUUCAUGGCCAAAUGAGGAAGUUUAUUAUGAGUAUCAUCCAGCCAGGCUACACUGGCAUGCAGUCAAUCAGUUGUGUAGACAGCGGUCAGGAUCCCUGGCACUUAUACCCAGUGCUGGAGAGAAACAAAACCUGACCAAUUUUCUACAGUCCUUGAACAUUUCAGAACCUGUGUGGAUUGCAAGAAGAGCUCCUGAAAUAAAUGGUACCUUAAUCCUGGAAUUCCUGGACACCAGAAAACUUCAUUUUGCACGUUUGUUGCACAAGUUCUCAAGCAUGACUGCUGUGACUGUUUGCGCUCAUCUUCAUUUCAGUCCCACUUGCCAUGGGCCUUCGACUGUGUUUUCUUAUUCCAUACUCUCCUUCAUUGAUGAGUUCCAGCUCCGAGCCAGAGUCAUGCCAAACCAAUCUAUUCAGCUUGCUCUGCUGGUACAUGGUCAACAUGGCCCAUUCAUAUCCGUCUUCGCCAAUGAUGAUGGCUGGCACUCCGUGUGUGUGAGCUGGACAGGAAAUGGAGGUAAAUGGACAAUCUCAGUGGAUGGUCAGGAAGUUAGACGUGGCAUUUCCCUGUACUCAUCAGGCUACAUCAGGGGUGGUGGAAUUUUCAUCAUAGGCCAAGAACAAGACGAGUUCGGCAGCUCUUUCAAAAGUGACGAGGCCCUCUGUGGCAGCAUUACCCAGCUGCACAUGUGGGAUCAGGUGCUGGAUGCCAGAGAAAUCCAGACCAUGGAAAAAGAGUGUUCACUCAUUCCCUCUGGCCUGCUCUUCAGAUGGAGCAUAUCUGGGCUGGAAAUGACACCUUCUUUAAAGACUCACUGGGGCUACAUUCAGUGUCAAGACCAGAUGUCCAACAAUGAGAACUGUGUAACAUUUUACCCUGGCAGUGGAGAGUGGACCUAUGACAACUGUGAUACACAAAGAGGAGGCGUCUGCCAGUUUCCUAAAGAGCUUGUGGAUGACAUUGGCAUUUCUAAAUUUCCCAAAACGCCAUUUUUUAUACAUAUCAGCAAAGAUCUUCCUGCCAAACCUGAGUUUGACGACCGUAAUUCAUCUUCAUCUACAGAACAUGAAUUGGAUUGGCUGACUUCACUUGCUCAAUCUCUUGUGAAGGCUAUCGAGACAGAUCCAGACAUCAUCACACCAUCUGACAUGCUGCAACUCGCUCAAACCAUAGAGCAGGCUGCAGUUUCUCAAGUUAAUAAAACAUCUGUCCCUUCUGAAGUCCUUAGGUCCAUGGCUUCCAGCUACCUGAUCCUAGCCAGUGGACUCAUUGAUCCUGUCUUAACCAGGAACUGGAUGGAUAUGAAGCCAUUAGGUAUUAACCUUAGACCAUUUACGGUUAUUGAGAGUAUUGAAAAAAUACUCUGGGAUCUGGCUGAUUCUAUCUUCACAGACAAGAAAUGCGUUGAACUUUUAACAAAAAACAUAGAUGUUUAUAUGGAGCCACGAACAUUAUCUGAUGUGAACUGCAGGAGUGAGUUUAAACCCUCAACACAGGACAAUCAGUCCAACAGUCAAGAGCAAAUCCUCAUUUCAGAGACAGAAGUCCAGAGACUUCACUCCCUUGGUCACAAGAAUGUGAUGUUCAUUCAUACUUACUACAGCAGUAUGAUGGAGGUUCUGUCCAGAUCUGACUUUAAAGCAUUUACACAAAAGAACAAAGAGAGUGGAAAUUUUGUGUUUGGUCACCUGGCUACAGCAGUCAUAUCAGCCACCGUGCGAGACGUGUUGAGGGAGGAGAAUGUUCCAGUGUCUGUGCAGUAUACUUUGUCUACUGUAAAACUGGUGGAGUCCUCCAGGCUGGUGACACCUUUGUGCAUUUUCUGGAAUGUCAGUGAAGUGGCUCCUGAUGUGAGUGAUUGGUCAGACAAAGGCUGUAGAGUGUUGCGCUCCGGACCCAAUGACACGUCCUGCUUUUGUAACCACACCACCAACUUUGCAGUCCUUAUGAAUUACAUGGAGGCCAGAUGGAGUGAACAGGAGGAGAUGGUCCUGACCAAGCUGACGUUUAUAGGAUCAGGAGCAUCUCUCUGUGCUCUCGUGGUGACCUUGAUGCUGUUUAUCGUGCUAGAUAUUCCCAAAUCAGAGAGGACGUCCAUCCACAAGAAUCUUUUCAUCUCUUUGACCUUUGCCCAGAUUGUCCUUCUCUGCAGUGGCUCUGCGAUUCAUAAUAAGGUGGCCUGCACAAUGGUGGCAGCUUUGCUCCAUCUGUUCUUCAUGGCUGCAUUUAGCUGGAUGUUGGUGGAGGGGCUGCUACUCUGGAGCAAGGUGGUGACCGUUAACCUGAGCGAGGAUCGUCACAUGAAAUACUACUACUUGAUCGGCUGGGGUCUGCCUGUCCUGAUCGUCUCCAUUACUCUGGCCUCAGCCUCAGGGAGCUACUCAGCAGACGAUUACUGCUGGCUCAGUGUACACAAUGGAGUCAUAUGGGGUUUUGUUGGCCCAGUCAUCUUUAUCAUUAUGGUGAACCUCAUGGUGCUGACUCGUGUCGUUAUCAUCACCAUCUCGACAGGAAAGAGAAGAUCUCUGAUGAUAGCAGACAACACUAGUUCCAUCGAACAGGUGUCUGAACAGAUAAGGGCUUCGGUUAAAGCAGUGCUGGUUUUGCUGCCAAUUUUAGGCCUGACCUGGCUGUGUGGAGUUCUCGUCCCUUUCUCCAUCAUCAUGGCCUACAUCUUCAUCCUCCUCAACUCACUUCAGGGUCUCUUUAUCUUCCUGAUAUAUGGCGUGUACAACACGGAGAUACGCAGCACAGUGAACAGGAUGAAGGAACGGAGAAAAGCGCAAAAUUUUUCUAACUGUGGCAGCUCCAGACUGUCCAGCUCUAUAACUAACUCUCAGCCUGGCAGCUCCCCGGUGCCGGACGCUUUGGGUCAUCAUGACUUUGAUGCCAGUCAACUAGGAAGAGUUUCCACGUCCAGCGAUUGUGGCAGCCUGAGUUACAGCAUUGGGAGACAUUUCUCCAUCCCUUGUGUCCAUGACAGCCUGAAAGAAGAUCUCAGCUGUCUCGCUAGUGCUACUCACAAGAUUAGACAGGAUAACAGAGUCCAGAAGGAAAAGCAGACUUUUAACAGAAACCUACCUUCUUACUUCUUCACACACUGUAUAUCUCAAAGAAAACAGGCAAUGUUUGUUUAGUUUUGUGAUAUCAGCAAACACAGUGUAUAUACAAACAAUACAGGGACUCUGGCACCCCUGUUAUUAACAAGCAAGCAUGGGGCAGUGUGUAUCUCACCUCAGUGGGCCUUAUAUUUUACAAGCACACUACUUCUCUUAGUGGAUAUUAAAAGUCUACAU